AUGGUGGUGAGCCCAGAGCGUGGAAGGAGAAGGCACAAGUAUGUCAAACGAGCCUGCCGAGCGAGCGCUAGCUUGGCUCAGAACCAGGCCCUCACAGCUGAGAACCCGCAUUCAGUUGGGCUGAGCGGGACCAUGCAACAGCCGGAGCUUAUAGCCUGCGAACUCCAAAGAAGUGGCUUUUGGGUGAACCUGAUGUUACCUGCUGGGUUUUACCAGUCCGCCUCUCGUGUGGGCCUUAUUUGUGUGAAAUCUGGGCCCUUCCGGAGACAGGCCUCCUGGAAGCCAGGGCUGCGACUGACCACCUUUCUCUCCAGAAGGCAGCUUCGAGCCUGGGAACGAGAAAGGUCAAUGAAUGCACAGUGCGUGGUGGGCGAGAUGACUGCCCAGUGUGUGAGUGCCCAGGAGUGGGCUGGCAGCGUCAGGGUGCACAGCACCUACAGCUGUGCCCUGCCCUCACUCUGUGGGGACCUCUCAGGCUCGCGUUCCUCACUGCCAGGGAUCGUGUGUGAGAUGGGGGAAGCCAAGCCCAGCCAGCAUGCAGGCUUUGUGGAGAUCUGCGUGGCCGUGUGUCGGCCCGAGUUCAUGGCCCGGUCCUCACAGCUCUACUACUUCAUGACGCUGACUCUCUCAGACCUGAAGCCCAGCCGGGGGCCCAUGUCUGGGGGCACCCAAGUGACCAUCACCGGCACCAACCUAAAUGCUGGCAGCAAUGUGGUGGUGAUGUUCGGGAAGCAGCCCUGCCUCUUCCGCAGGCGAUCUCCAUCCUACAUUAUCUGCAACACCACGUCCUCAGAUGAGGUGCUGGAGAUGAAGGUGACAGUGCAGGUGGACAGGGCCAAGAUCCACCAGGACCUGGUCUUCCAGUACGUGGAGGACCCGACCAUCGUGCGCAUUGAGCCAGAGUGGAGCAUCGUCAGUGGGAACACACCCAUCACCGUGUGGGGCACUCAGCUGGACCUCAUACAGAACCCCCAGAUCCGGGCCAAGCAUGGAGGGAAGGAGCACAUCAAUAUCUGUGAGCUUCUGAAUGCUACUGAGAUGACCUGCCAGGCUCCGGCCCUCGCUCUGAGUCCCGACCACCAGUCUGACCUGACCGAGAGGCCUGAGGAGUUUGGCUUCAUCCUGGACAAUGUCCAGUCCCUGCUGAUCCUCAAUAAGACUAACUUCACCUACUAUCCAAACCCGGUGUUUGAGGCCUUUGGACCCUCGGGAAUCCUGGAGCUCAAGCCUGGCACGUCCAUCAUCCUAAAGGGCAAGAACUUGAUCCCGCCUGUGGCCGGGGGCAACGUGAAGCUGAACUACACUGUGCUAGUUGGGGAGAAGCCGUGCACCUUGACCGUGUCAGAUGUGCAGCUGCUCUGCGAGUCCCCCAACCUCAUUGGCAGGCACAAGACGGAGUGGGCCCGUGUCGGCGGCGUGGAGUACUCCCCGGGGAUGGUGUACAUCGCCCCAGACAGCCCGCUCGGCCUGCCCGCCAUCAUCAGCAUCGCUGUGGCCGGCGGCCUCCUCCUCAUCUUCAUCGUGGCCGUGCUCAUCGCCUACAAACGCAAGUCCCGAGAAAGCGACCUGACGCUGAAGCGGCUGCAGAUGCAGAUGGACAACCUGGAGUCCCGCGUAGCCCUGGAGUGCAAGGAAGCUUUUGCUGAGCUGCAGACAGACAUCCAUGAGUUGACCAGUGACCUGGAUGGAGCUGGGAUUCCCUUCCUGGAUUAUAGAACUUAUACCAUGCGGGUGCUGUUCCCAGGAAUUGAAGACCACCCUGUCCUCCGGGACCUCGAGGUCCCAGGCUACUGGCAGGAGCGUGUGGAGAUGGGCCUGAAGCUCUUCGCCGAGUUCAUCAACAAGGUUUUCCUGCUGUUCUUCACCCGCACGCUCGAGUCCCAGCGCAGCUUCUCCAUGCGCGACCGUGGCAAUGUGGCCUCGCUCAUCAUGACGGUGCUGCAGAGCAAGCUGGAGUACGCCACCGACGUGCUGAAGCAGCUGCUGGCUGACCUCAUCGACAAGAACCUGGAGAGCAAGAACCACCCCAAACUGCUGCUCAGGAGGACUGAGUCGGUGGCUGAGAAGAUGCUGACCAAUUGGUUCACUUUCCUCCUCUACAAGUUCCUCAAGGAGUGUGCUGGGGAGCUUCUCUUCUCCCUGUUCUGUGCCAUCAAGCAACAGAUGGAGAAAGGCCCCAUCGAUGCCAUCACAGGUGAGGCCCUUUACUCCCUGAGUGAGGACAAACUCAUCUGUCAGCGGAUCGACUACAAAACCCUGGUCCUGAGCUGUGUCAGCCCAGAUAAUGCCAACAGCCCCGAGAUCCCAGCAAAGAUCCUCAACUGCGACACCAUCACUCAGGUGAAGGAAAAGAUUCUGGAUGCCAUCUUCAAGAACGUGCCUUGCUCGCACCGGCCCAAGGCUGCAGACAUGGACCUGGCAGUCACAGCCCGGUCUGCUCAUGGCCUCGCCCAGCCUUCUCCGACACCUGCCUGCAGCCCUGCCGAGCAGCCGGGUGUUGAGCUCGCAGGGCGCUCAGCCGCGUGUGCCCUUAGGGUUCCCCUGCUGACCACGCGCGGAGCAGCAGAAUCAGGUCUCCUACAGCCUCCUGCUUGGCCCCUGGUUUGGGGGUGGAGGGGGCCCUGUGUAGGGUUCGCGCGUGUCACUGGUGAGGGCCCCCAGCUUCCUGUGAUGGGCCUGAGGCGACACGGCCAUAGGAAGACUGGACGGGCUUUGUUGCCAAGCCCGCAGGGUCCCCUGUGUGGGGUUAAAUGA